AUCUAUUGGUAUAGUAAGUAAGAGUCACUGCCCCAAAAAUGGAAGCUCUUACGCAGCUGAGCAUUGCACCCUACCCCCGUCGCCUCCUCUCACCUCCACCCAACAGAAAACCUCACUUUAAACCUAGCGCCGCCGUCAGCGGCGGCCCCACCACCAGCAGAUGGGCCGAUCGCCUCUUCGCCGACUUCCAAUUCCUGCCUUCCCCGUCAGACACUCCAGACGUCGCAAUCUCUGCGCCGCCUCCGCCUCUUCCUUCCCUCCCGGAGCGCCUCGUUCCAAUGCCGCUAGAUUUCUAUCGGGUUCUGGGAGCGGAGCCACAUUUCCUUGGCGACGGCAUUCGCAGAGCCUACGACGCUAGGGUUUCGAAGCCGCCGCAAUAUGGUUACAGCGACGACGCUUUGAUUAGCCGGCGGCAGAUUCUUCAAGCGGCUUGUGAGACCCUUGCUAACUCCAGUUCUCGCAGGGAGUACAAUCAGGGGCUCGCUGAUGAUGAAUUUGAUACCAUACUCACUCAAGUGCCCUGGGAUAAGGUUCCUGGAGCCCUGUGUGUACUGCAAGAAGCUGGGGAGACGGAGUUGGUUCUUCAAAUUGGAGAGAGCUUGUUGAAAGAGAGGUUGCCCAAGUCAUUCAAGCAAGACAUUUUGUUGUCAAUGGCGCUUGCUUAUGUUGAUUUAUCUAGGGAUGCCAUGGCAUUGUCACCUCCUGAUUUUAUCAGAGGCUGUGAAGUGCUUGAGAUGGCACUCAAGCUAUUGCAGGAAGAAGGUGCAAGCAACCUUGCCCCUGAUUUGCAAGCACAGAUUGAUGAAACCCUAGAAGAAAUCAAUCCCAAGUGUGUUAUAGAGCUCCUAGCACUUCCACUGGGUGAUGAGUACCAGUCAAGAAGAAGACAGGGUCUUCAAGGUGUGCGAAAUGUUUUGUGGUCUGUUGGUGGAGGGGGAGCAGCUGCCAUGGCAGGAGGAUUCACCCGUGAAGAUUUUAUGAAUGAGGUUUUUCUGCGUAUGACUGCAGCAGAGCAGGUUGAUCUGUUUGCUGCCACACCACGUAACAUACCCGCAGAAAGUUUUGAAGCAUACAAUGUGGCCCUUGCUCUAGUUUCUCAAGCCUUCUUAAGCAAAAAGCCUCAUCUCAUUCAAGAUGCUGACAACCUUUUUCAGCAACUUCAACAAACCAGGAUCACUGCUAGUGGGGGCUCCUUAUCUGCCUAUGGCACCAGAGAAAAUCGUGAAAUAGACUUUGCACUUGAGAGGGGUCUUUGCUCUCUUCUUGUUGGGGAAGUAGAUGAAUGUCGUGCAUGGUUGGGCUUGGAUAAUGAAGAGUCGCCUUAUCGAGAUCAGUCGAUAAUUAACUUUGUUAUUGAACACUCUAGUGACAACAGAGAAGAUGAUCUCCUCCCUGGGCUCUGCAAACUAUUGGAGACAUGGUUGAUGGAAGUGGUAUUUCCUAGAUUUAGAGAGACCCAAGAUGUUAUAUUCAAGCUUGGAGAUUAUUAUGACGAUCCUACAGUUUUGAGGUAUUUAGAGAAACUGGAAGGUCAGGGACGCUCACCCUUGGCUGCUGCUGCAGCUAUAGCGAGGAUUGGAGCUGAAGCUACUGCUGUGCUUGACAGUGUGAAGGUUAGUGCCAUUCAGGCACUGCAGAGAGUAUUUCCUCUUGGCAGUGGGGAAAAGAAUAUCAGACUUUAUCAGAAGAAUGAUAUCAAGAGUUAUGGUCUGCCAGUUGUGAGUGGAGAGACUGGAAUAGAUCUUAAUCAAGAUGACUCCUACAGGUUUGGAGUUCCAGAGAUGACUAGUCCUGAUGAACUGCAGCAGCAAGAAAUUAUUACUAACAAUAUAAAAGAUGCAACUAUAAAGAUCACGUGUGCUGGUGUGGCGGUUGGUCUUGCGACUUUAGUGGGGUUGAAAUUCCUGUCACAUCGCACUGGCUCUUCUGAUUUACUUAAAGACCCUGGCACAACUGCUAUCGCUUCUAAUGUCAUCAAUGUGGGCCACUAGUUGAAAAUUCUGAAGAAGUACCCCGAAUGGAUGCAAGAUUUGCAGAAAAUCUGGUGCGCAAGUGGCAGGCUGUCAAGUCUCUAGCACUUGGUUCUGAUCAUUGUUUUGAAAAAUUAUCAGAGGUGAGAAACUAGCCAGUCAUGCCUGGCUUUGACUUAAUUGUUAUUUUCUCUGUAAAACCCCCUACUUCUGGUACCUUUUAGCCCUUAGCUUAAUUUGAUUAUGUUAUCCUCGUAAUCCUCAUGGAAAAUCAGAUUCUGCCGUUAGUUAUACAUUAAGUAGAGGCUAGAAAAUAAAUAAAUAUGGUCGGAAAAACUCCUGAAGCAUACUCCAGAAAUUGCAAUAAUUGCUUGAGUGAGGCAUCUUCUUUUCAUCUACUCAUAUGAUGAUUCAUAAUCUGUUACAAUUUUCAAUGAUUAUUUCAGGUGGGCGAAUCACUUCACUUGUAUGAAAUGAUAUUAUGCGAUAUCGGUCAUACAAAAUGAAAUUUGGCAGAAUCUUUCUUUAUACUCCCUCCGUCCCGCCCAAGAUGCUAUAUAUUCCUUUUCGGGUCGUCCCAACGAAGAUGCUACAUUUCUAUAUUUGGCAAAAAUAAGGAAUUUUAAACACUUAAUUAAUACUAAUUAAUUAUUUCUUUAUUA